GUCUAACCCAGUGGUUCACAUGGCUCCCUCCCCCCUGUGAGCUGAAGCAUGUGUGUGCAUAUGAGUGUAUGUUGUCUUUGCCUUAUAUAGCACAGAAUUACCCGGGUGCAGAGCCUUAGGACUGUGAAUUCCACUGCUUUUCUAUUCACACAACAGCAGCAAAAGUCUACAACACAAACCGUCUGUAUUUCUUAUCUUAUUUUAUUCACAACAGAAAGAGACUUCUAGAACCAAAGCAUCAGUUCUGCUUCUUUUAUCCACUUUAAAACCGUGUCAGGCCACUUGAACGGGGACAGAAUGAAUGGUACAACGGAUGGGAACUACGACCACACUCAUCAAGAUGGAUCGUUCAUGUUUACUUCAGAGUCUGUAGGAGAGGGGCAUCCUGAUAAGAUAUGUGAUCAAAUCAGCGAUGCGGUGCUGGAUGCUCACCUGAAGCAGGAUCCUGAUGCUAAGGUGGCCUGUGAGACAGUGUGUAAGACGGGCAUGGUGUUACUUUGUGGUGAGAUCACUUCACGGGCCAACGUAGACUACCAGAACAUAGUGAGAGAAACUAUCCGACACAUUGGCUAUGACAGCUCGGAAAAAGGCUUCGACUUUAAAACAUGUAAUGUGCUGGUGGCUCUGGAGCAGCAGUCUCCUGAUAUUGCACAGGGAGUCCACAUCGAUCGUGUGGAAAGUGACAUCGGAGCUGGAGACCAGGGUCUGAUGUUUGGAUACGCCACAGAUGAAACAGAAGAAUGCAUGCCCCUCACCAUAGUCCUCGCUCAUAAACUCAAUGCCAAGAUGGCGGAGCUGAGACGCAAUGGGACAGUCCCCUGGCUCCGCCCAGACUCCAAGACACAGGUGACAGUUCACUACAUUCAGGAGAACGGUGCUGUGAUCCCAAAGAGAGUCCACACUAUUGUGAUCUCUGUGCAACAUGAUGAUUAUGUAAGCCUGGAGGAGCAGAAGGAGGUCCUGAAGGAGAAGGUUAUUAAGGCUGUGGUUCCAUCAAAGUACCUGGACGAGGACACCAUCUAUCACCUGCAGCCCAGUGGACGCUUUGUCAUCGGUGGACCACAGGGUGACGCUGGAGUGACAGGCAGGAAGAUUAUUGUGGACACAUAUGGUGGUUGGGGGGCACACGGUGGUGGGGCCUUCUCUGGUAAAGACUACACCAAAGUGGAUCGCUCUGCUGCCUACGCGGCCCGCUGGGUGGCAAAGUCCCUGGUGAAGGCUAAACUGUGCAGGAGGGUGUUGGUUCAGGUGGCCUAUGCGAUCGGAGUGGCUCAUCCUCUGUCCAUCUCCUUGUUUACUUACGGUUCCUCUCAUAAGAGCGAGCAGGAUCUGCUGCAGGUCGUCAAUAAGAACUUUGACCUGAGGCCUGGAGUCAUAGUCAGAGACCUGGACCUGAAGAGACCAAUCUACCAGAAGACCGCCUGCUAUGGCCACUUUGGCAGGAAGGAGUUCCCAUGGGAGGUCCCGAAGACCCUCAACUUCUAGAGUGCGUGUGUGUUUGAGAGUGUGAAUGUAUGCGUGAGAGAAAGAAGAGCGUCAGUGAUAUAUAGAUAGCUGUCCUCGUGCUAAUGUAACCCAGUAAGCGAAAGGCAGCUGCAGUGGACAGAGGGAUGGGUCAGGGUGGGGUGCACUCAAACUCGUGUCAUUGGACUGGUCCAAAGCGGUUUUUUGAUGGGUCUGGGGUGUCAUCUGUAAUUUAUGACUUAGUUUCCCCUCAAAGGUAACUAGAAAUCUGAGCGAGACGCCUGGUAUUUUUGUUAUGUUGAUGCAGUGAACAAUCCCAUGCAUGCAGUUUGCUUCACACUUAAGAGAUUUAGAAAGUUGUUGAGCUCCUAUUUUAUAAUCUGCAUGUAAAAGCAAGAAAAUGACCAAAUUCUAAGAGAGCAUAGCCAUGCAUACAUUAACAGCAGCAUUUCAGGAUCAUGUAACGUCUUAUUAGAACUCAAGUGCAUGGUUCAUUUGUUUUUUGGCAGAUGUUUUUAUAAGUAGAUAGUUUACAUCAUGCUGUCUGCAGGCUUUUUGUAUGCAUUUAAUGUCUUUAUUUGGAAGGAGACCGGAAACGAAGGUGUAAGAGGAGGGGCAUGGUUUUUGGAGUUAAACCAGGUCUACGCCCGUUAACACUUGACUACUGCGUGAUGUGAAAGUUUCAUAGGUCUUAAAAAAUAUUACAUACAGUACAAACAAAGUCUUAACGCUGUUUAGGCAUUUUUAUCAGUAGGAAAUUAACGCACAAAUCAACCUGCUUUUACUCUUUUUACUUUCUGUUUGAGGUGUUGCAGAAGAAAGAUAAGGUAUGCUAUUAAUGACAAUGAAAUGUGGAUGUCAAAACUUAAAGGUACAAUAUGUAACAUUUACAUAUGCUUGAGUUUGUGCGUUGCUUAAUAAUUUUUUAUCAUCAGCGGACUCAUAUCUUUUUAGUCAUUUUCCUCUGUGGAGAUUUAGCCAUUUUAAACAUCUAUCCGACAUACAUGAAUACAAGUGGCCAGCUGUAAGUGUGUCUGUUCAGAUCUGAUAUUAGCAUGCUCACUUUUGAUUAGUUCUCAUUUCCCUGCUCCAGAAGCUCAUCUUCAGUCUAUAGAAAAAACAUAUGCUCAUUUCAAGUUGAACAAACUGGCUUUACCAUGCUUCAGUUGGAAUUUUUUUUUAUUAAUUCUACUGCUCAAAGGUGACCAACUCAGAUUUUAAGGUGGACAGUUUUUUAUCUGUUACUAAUUGCAGGAGGCUAUUAAUGAAGUGCACCUUAAAUAUCGAUGAGAAGUGUUUUACCGACUCUUUGAUGCUUCUUCAUACACUUUAAUGAUGAUUAAAUCUUGAACAAAAAACUUUGGGAAUUUAAAGUGAGGUAAGUGAAGUGGUAAAAGCAGAGCAUCCUUAAAUUGAGCUCAUGUAUCACAUAUGCAGUCUCGGAAAAAAUUAUUAGACCAUCAAAAGUCAUUAAAAACAAUGGUUAUUCAAUCAAGUACUAACUCCUGUGUGUAUCAUGUGACUAAA